AUGGCUGCACCUUCCAGUCGAACUCAAGAAUUUUUGCUAUCAGGCAAUGCACAACAGUUAUUAUUAGCAAAUUUUUUUAAACAAUAUAUUGGCGCUUUAAUACGAUAUGACGACAAUAGAAAACGAAUUCAACACAUCUUAAAACCACUUCCUUUUCAUAUAAUUGUCAAUGGUUUAGCUGGUUCCGGAAAACCCUAUGUCAUUUCUAUUAUCGAACAAAUGUUAACCGAACUUUGUAUUAGUGAAUCAGCUGUUCGAAGUCCUCCACUAUCUUGA